AUUGGACGUUGUUUUUAAUCUAUUGCGGCCCAUCUCACAUGUACAUUGAUUAUUGGGCUAAUUAAAGUCUUGUUUUUUCACCAAUCAAGGUGAGUGAAUGUGAUUGGAUAAGGUUUUGCAUCAUACCAAAACUAGUGGAUUUGGGAAAAGGAACAUUAUUCUCUCUCUUCGUUUCUCCCUCCCCUCUUUUUCUUAAGACUUAAUAAUACAACUAUGUUGUUAUCUCCAUCUUUUACCACACUCAUUAGUCCACUAAAAACUCGCAAUGGUAUUUUCAGAAGGAACCCCUCACCAUACUCAUCAACUCUCAAGGUGGUUGCCAUGGCAAAGGGAACCAGCAACGACACCGAAGAUGUCGGGAUAGCCGAGAAAGCAGCCAUAGUAGGAGGAUUGAUCUCGUCUCCGGUGAUCGGGUGGUCCCUCUUCACCCUUAAGACCACUGGUUGUGGACUGCCUCCAGGGCCUGGUGGGUCCAUUGGGGGUCUUGAGGGGGUGAGCUACUUAAUUGUAAUAGGCAUAGUAGGCUGGUCUUUGUACACAAAAACGAAGACAGGUUCAGGCCUACCUAGUGGACCUUUUGGUUUACUGGGUGCUGUUGAAGGCUUAUCCUACUUAUGCUUGCUUGCCAUUCUUCUAGUCUUCGGAUUACAGUUUGUGGAGAAAGGUUCUAUCCCUGGCCCUCUUCCAGACGACCAGUGUUUCGGCUAACUUUAUAUAUGAAUGUAUCAUGUAUGUGGAUCACUUUAUAACUUUAUAUUAAGUAGAAUCAUCAGAAAUCUUCCCUACUUUUGUCUCUGUAGGAUUUACAUUCGAGUUCUCAAUUCUGAUGCCCUUCAACUUCGGUUUUUGGGCAAAUAAAAAUCAACAAGUCCUUGAACAUAGUA